GUGGAGGUUGAGAUGUACGGUCAAAAAUUGCACGUUGACUGCUCGUAUACUCUGCUCUUCAAUGGAAUCAGAACCGGAAUGGAUUUCUACUAUCCGAACAGGAACAAUCCGCAGAUAACGGCAACAUACGAUAAUGGACUAGUGAUCAUUGCAAACGAUCAAGAUAUACGUGUGACAUUCCAGUGUUUCUAUAUGUGCGUUGAAAUACCCGACGUUCCAGCACUGCAAGGUCCAGAUGUGCUGUGUGGUUUGGCAGGAAAUCGUGAUUUCAAUUGUUACGACGAUUUCAGAGAGCCGUUAGUAUAUAUCACUCCUUGA